AUGAAUAUUGAUCCACAGCUUGUUACAGCCAUCACUUGCCGUCAGGACAGUGGCAGCUGGCACAGGGAGCACUUGGAGCUUGGAUCCUGCCCAGCGCAGGAGGGGGAUGCAGGAGCCAUCCCUCCUCUCUGGGUGCCUCUGAACACGAGGCUCACCCCGCUGGUCCCGCACUGUCCGGGAGAGCUGCUGGUGGCUCAGCGGAGGGUGAGGGGACAGGUGCAGCCCGUGGCUCUCCGGGCCCCGGGGGACACCAGCAGCCGUCGGGCUGCCGGCUGCAGCCGCAUCCCUGCUCCGGCUCCGGAGGCUCCUGGCCGCCCCCUGCCCACCUCUCUGCACGUCCCCCCGCCCAACCCGGGGCAGGUAACGGGAAAACCCGGAGAGGUUGGGAUGGAGGGAGGCGCCCGCUGCGCCCCCGCGGAGAGCGCGGCGGGGAGGGGGCGCGGGGGCGGCGUGCCAAUGGCUGCGCUGCCCCCUCCUCUGCCCCCACCCCGCCGCCGGCCCCUCCGCCUCCCCGGCCGACCCUCCUCCCCGGCGCUCACUCCGCGCCGCCAGCACCGAGCGUGCGGCUCGGGAGCGGCCCGGCUCCGCGCCCGGCGCUGCGCUCCGCGCUGGGAGCCAGCAGGUCUCCGGGAAGCGCGGAGGGUGGGGGGGAUGCCGGAAUGCCCGGAGCGAGGGGCCAAGGCGGCCCCCAUCCAUCAUAAAAUCUCCUUCUCCAUCUUAGACAUCCUGGAUCCCCAGAAAUUCAGCAGAAGACGCGAACCGGCCUCGGGGAGCUGGGGCAGCGCACCCCGCUCGGGCGAGCGGGAGAAAAGUUUGGGAAGAGUUGAAGUAGGAAAGGACGCUGCUGCUCCCGGCAGCGGGAGGAAUAAACUAGAGGCACAUGGUGCGCACGCCCCGGCGGAGAGCGGCGCCGAGGACGCGGGGCAGGAGCGCGACGAGGAGGACCCGAGCGGGGACGGAACUUUCCCUUCCUACGCCGCCGCCAACGUGCUGGUGCCGCCGGCCGCCCCCUUCCCGCUGGGCGCCGGCCCCUUCGCUCCCUUCCUGGGCCCCGCGUACCUCGGCCCCUUCUACGGCCCGCACCUCUGA